UACAUACGCUGGGAUAAAUGUGGCAAAAUAGCGACAAUUUAAUGCCCGCCACCUUUCUCGCGCUCAUCUCAUCGUUCCGCCAUCUUCUUUUGCCUCAAAACCAGCCGCCAUGUGGAGACCUGCCGUCAAGACAUCCGGGACGAACGACGUCCCCCUCGCAAACAAGCGCCGCUUCGGCCUCCCAGAGGAAGCACCCCCGCCCCCCAAUGCCCCGCCCCAUGCCUCCCGCCCCCCAGCCGACCUGCAGUUCUUCAACGGGCGACAGGAGAGAGCCCCGCGAGACGAAGCCCCUCCCAGGAGAGACGACCGCAGAGACGACCGAGACUAUGGGCGCGGAGGCGGAGACUAUGGAAGGAGGGAUGAUUACAGGCGAGACGAUAGGGAUAGGGAGAGGAGGUACGAUGAUUAUCCUCCCAGGGAUGCCGGGAGGGACCCUAGAUCUUCGAGGUGGGAUGAGCCUAGACGCGAGCCUGAGCCGCAGAGGGGCCGUUCGCGAGACAGAGAAGAGGUUGAAGAUGGUCCCCGAAAACGACGCUCUCGAUGGGGUGAUGCCGACGCCCGUGUGAACGUUCCUGGUAUGCCUGUUACCGUCAUGGGCAACAUGUCUGGCUCUCAGCUUGACAACUACGCCAUCCAUGUCCGUUUGGAGGAGAUCAACCGCAAGUUGCGUACUGGCGAUGUUGUUCCCCCCGAUGGCCAGCGCUCUCCUUCGCCCCCGCCCAACUAUGACUCUUAUGGGCGACGAACCAAUACCCGCGAGCUGCGGUACAGGAAGAAGUUGGAGGAUGAGAGGGCCAAGUUGGUGGCGAGGGCGGCGCAGGCGGACCCAAGUUUCAGGCCACCAGUCGAUUUCCAGCGCAGAGGUGGCAACCGUCCCCAGGACAAGGUCUACAUUCCCGUCAAGGAAUUCCCCGAAAUCAACUUUUUCGGUCUGCUUGUCGGGCCGCGUGGUAAUUCGCUCAAGAAAAUGGAGAGGGAGAGUGGCGCCAAGAUCAGCAUUCGUGGUAAAGGAAGUGUCAAGGAGGGUAAAGGCCGAGCCGGUCACUUCCCCAAUGACGAGGAGGACGAGUUGCAUUGUCUGAUUACGGGAGACUCUGAGGCCGUGGUCAAAUCAUGUGUCGCUUUGAUCAACCGGGUUAUCGAGACCGCUGCAUCCACCCCCGAAGGCGAGAACGAUCACAAGCGCAAUCAACUUCGAGAACUUGCAUCCCUCAAUGGUACUCUGCGUGACGACGAAAACCAGCUCUGUCAGAACUGUGGUGAAAAGGGUCACCGUCGCUGGGAAUGCCCUGCUCAGCGUGUCUACAGCGCCAACGUCAUCUGUCGUCUUUGUGGUGGCGCUGGCCAUAUGGCAAGGGACUGCCGAGGACGAGGUGACCCCAACUUGCAACAGAACAAGCAGACGGCGUUCGAUUCAGAAUAUACGGCUCUGAUGGCAGAGCUUGGAGAGGGUGGCGGUGGUGGUGGUGGUGGUCCCCCCAUGGGUGCCAUUGGUGCUGCUCCCGGUCAGGGAAAUAUCCCUCCCGAGUCCCGAGUACCGCCCUGGAGACAGCCCGAGAACUGGCAGACCAACGCUGGUGGCUACCGCGGUCCCCCCGGCUACCAGCCCCCUCAACAAGGCCAAGGCUGGCAGCAACCUGCUGCUCCCGGUGGGCAAGCUGCGUAUGCUGGUUACGGUGGUUAUCAACAAGGCGCUGCUGCCGGUGCUGCUGAUCCUUAUGCUGCUUACUACGCCUCGAUGGGCCAGCAAGCUCCCACCGCUGCCUAGAUGUCCACGCCAUCGUGAUUUUGAUCCUUACCCUCAUCAUCUUGGAACCUUAUUCACAAAAACGCAUACUUAUAGACGUGUGAUCAAACGCUUGAGAAAUCAAAGAAAAAUGGGGCACAUAGGGGACAGAUGUUGCGGAAGGUGGCGGAGGCAGCUUACUAUUAACGUUAUACCCUGUUUACAUUCUUUGUUUCUUACUUCUGAUGAGUUCGACUUGACUCGAGACAGGUAUCAACCAAGUUCUCGAGGAAAGGACCACUGUCAACCUUCCUUGCGCGAGACUGAUGUAUGACUGGACA